AUGAGCCUCCUAGAAGCAAGCCGUGAUUUUUCCGUCACCCGAGACGCCGAUAAAGUCUACGGCCUCCUUGGCCUGGCUUCCGAUGCUCUCGGAGAAAUCCUCAGAGUUGAUGUGACUAAACCGGCCGUUGAGGUUUACAUCGAAGCAGCAAAGUUUGACAUCGCAAAUGACCCCACUCUCAGUAUUUUACGUUGCCCUCGGGCCGCAACCAUGCUCGGCACCGAAGCAGCAAAGCAUGAUAUGCCAAAUAAUGCCGGUGUCAAAUUCUUCCCUUUGCUGUCUCCCAACCAGCCGUGCGCAAGUCUCCCACCCUUGUGGUCCGACUUCGCGGGUCCGCGGACUACCUCCCGAUACAAACCUCUAAACGGCGAGGGUGGUCCGAUUCACCACGCAGGCCUGAACCCUUCCUUUCUAACCUCUACCUCUAGCAUCCUUCACGCCUUCAAUAACCUCUUUCACGCCACAACGUCCACAGUAAACAACCUCCUUAGCGUCAGCGGUGUAACACUCGAUCGAAUCGUCCAAGUCGUCCCCAAUGGCUGGCAAUGGGACAACUCCGCCAACAUCCGCCUCAGCGACGGCCGAGCAGCUCGUACACUCGUUUGGGAAGACGCUUGCUUGAAACUCUCUCAAAGAGUAUACUGUUCGCCUUCAAGCAGAGACGUUCCAGAAGCGCAUUGGCGCGCUCUUAUCGCCAACACCCUGAACGGCAAAAAGUGCACCAGCAACCAGCGCGACGUGUACGUCCUCAUGAAAGUCGGCUUGGCUAUCGCCGCCGCGAUGGAGCGCCAGCCUGCGAUUGCGCGUUCGAUGGGUAAGCCGUUCACUGACGCCCAGGCAGUGGAUGUAAAUGUCUUCUUCCGCUCUGCGAGUUUCGGUUGUAUAGGGCGGCGUUACUUUUCCACGGAACAUGGAAGGAUUGGUUUGGGGCCUGAGGGGGUGAGGGUAGGAGAUCAGAUCUGUGUGAUCCGGAAUGCGUGGACGCCGUUUGUUAUCCGGUCAGGAGAAGGGAAGGGUUGUAGCCGGUUGAUUGGGGAGGCCUAUGUGGAUGGGCUGAUGUACGGGGAGGCUUUUGGACUGGUGGAGGAGGGCAAUUGGGGGAGGAUCUGUUUGGAAUGA